GCCCUUUUGGACAGUAUAUUCCCAGACGGAGCAGCCUACUGUUUGGGAGCACUUAACAAGGAGUGUUGGUACUUUUACACACUGAACCCUCUGCCGCAGAAAAGUUUGCCAAUUUUCACAGGAAACGAAGAACCUGAUCAAACUUUGGAAAUUUUAAUGACUGACCUUGACCCAGAAAUUAUGUCUAUAUUUACCAAAGCGGAUUGCCUGGAUGCCACCGAAGCGACCAAGAAAUCCGGAAUUGACAAAAUAAUUCCAAAUAUGGUCAUCGAUGAUUUCCUGUUUGAACCAUGUGGGUACUCGAUGAAUGGAGUAACUAAAAAUAAAUGUACAGAAGCUGAAGAUGGUUGCUACAUGACCAUCCACAUCACUCCAGAACCUGAUUUUUCCUAUGUUAGUUUUGAAACGAACAUUCCUUCCAGCUCUUACGAGGAAAUCAUAAAAAAGGUUUUGAAAACAUUCAACCCAGGAAAAUUCACCGUCACUGUGUUUUCCAACAAGUCAUCUCCAGUAAUGGAUUCAUCAAAAAAAGUACUCUCCGUUAACGAGAUGGGCGAGUGGAAACGCAAAGACAUUCAGCAUUGCAGCUUCAAGAACUACGAUCUGAUGUACGCUUUCUUCUGUAGAUUUCCAAGCUGAGGGUGUCAGGGCCAGCUGUGCGACUGCCCAGCAAAUAAAAUCGCUUCAUCUUCAUUCCAGUCUUCCUUCUCCUAUAUGUUACCUUUUGUUUUUCAAACCUGCUCGUUUCAUCUUUCAUCCUUUGCCUUUACAACUCCCGAUACUCCUGAAUGUCGACCGACAAUGACUCACUUAUUAAAAUUAUUCCAAUCUCUUGACUCAUCACGGGUAUUCUGUGCCAAAAACACAUGUCUUCUCAGUUAUUUUGAUAAAAUGUUUCGUUCAAGUACUUGUGACAAACACUUUCCUUCACCCCGGGAAAUACAUUCUAAAUUAUGUUUGCUUCAGUCAGAAAGUUGGCACGCAGUUCAUGAUUGUCAUUCAGGAGAAACUGCACACACUUUCACACCUCAGUUCAGCCCAUUUUCUUUCUUUUUUCUAUACUUCACCUUAUUUUCCCCUCCUUUCAAAUUCACUGAUUUCGAAUCGCCACUUGUCCUGUUUUCGUGGUGGCGAAAUAAAAUAUCGUGAGAAUUACUGAAAAAACUUUCAAAGUAGGUAGCACGCUAGUGAACAGAUAUGUUGUUUCCCUUUAACCUAUGAGGGUUAGGAAAUACAUAUAGAGUUUUUUGUGUGUUCACGUGUUCUAUCUCUUUGCAAGCUUUUUGGCUCAUAAUCUCAUGAUUAAGUAGAGAGAAUUUCGAAAAUGAAUAUUUUAUUUAUAAACAGGCCUCUGAAAGAAUUAUUACAAAAAUCAGGGUUGAAGAAAGGUCCACUCAGUAUAAAAAUAAGCUCUAGUCAAUGUGUAGCAUAUAACUGAACAAGUUUCUGUAACCAUCCUAGUAGCUAGUUUGAAUUUCUGAAAGAAAAAGAUUGUAAAGUACUUUAUCAGCGGAAAUCAUAAACAUUGUUAUGUCCUCCUAUAACAAAUUUUAUUAAAAUUGUAUUCAAGUUGAAUCACUAAAUAUAAAUGAAUUUUAUUUACUAUAAAGUAUUCAAGAAACACUGAUGUCUUCAGGCGUGUCCGUAUAGACACGCCUGAACACAUCAAAUAUCUACUGAUUGCUUCACAUACUGUAAUAAACUGUUUAAAUAUUGACAGGGUAUACAUCCCAAUUUUGUGUGCAAAACGGGAAUAAAAAUAUACAAAAUUUCGAAUCA